AUGUGUGGCGGGUUCCUGAGGCGCCUGUUAGCCGAGGAGAGCCGGCACUCCACCCCCGUGGGGCGGCUCCUGCUCCCCGUGCUCCUGGCGUUCCGUGUGGCGCUGCUGGCUGCUGGGGGACCCGGGGUCUACGGCGACGAGCAGAGCGAAUUCCAGUGUAACACCCAGCAGCCGGGUUGCAAGGCCGCCUGCUUCGAUGCCAUGCGCCCGCUCUCCCCGCUGCGCUUCUGGGCCUUCCAGGUCAUCCUGGUGGCCGUGCCCGGUGCCCUCUACUUGGCUUUUACCCUGUAUCAUGUGGUCUGGCACUGGGAAGAUCCGGGAAAGGCAAAGGAGGAGGAAGACACCCUGAUCCUCAAAGGGGAGAGGAGCAAAGAUGCAGUCAGAACCUGCAAGCAGCUCUGGGCCUAUGUGGCACAGCUGGGGGCUCGACUGGUCCUUGAGGGGGCAACCCUGGGGGUGCAGUACCAUCUGUAUGGGGUCCACAUGCCUUUGGUCUUUGAAUGCCAUGCAAUCCCCUGCCCUUAUAGUGUAACCUGCUCCCCAUCUUGCCCCUCAGAAAAGUCCAUCUUCCUAAAGACCAUGUUUGGGGUCAGCUGGCUCUGUUUCUCCUUCAUGUUUUUGGAGCUUGUGCUCUUGGGCCUCAGGAGAAGGUAUAGGGGCCUGGGGAACCUCCUAGGUGUGUCUUUUCCCUCCAGCCACACUCCUGCCCCAGCAGCACCAAAAGCUUCCAUCAGCCACUCUAGCCCCUCUGCCUGACCAGCCUUGUGCCUCCCUGGAGACCACGUGCCCAGUCCCCGUGAAUAGGGGAACACUGCAUGACCCCACUCCUCCAGCAGUGGAUAGGGUCAGGUGGGUGGACCCCUUCACCCAAUGGGCCAAACCAAUUCUCUAUUUGGAACUCAGGGUGUGGGCCCAACAAUGCUGCCGUCUCUGCCAGGUGCACGAGCAGGGAAGAGAGGCAAGCCAGGUGAGCUGGAUGUGAGCCUGCACCAUGUCCGGGGUGGGGUUGAGACUGGUGUGCCCGGAGGGAGAAGAAAGAAUAGGUGAAUUGUAGAAACGAGACAGAUCCUGCAGGCCCAGACAAAGACUGACACACAGACAGAGGUGGGACAGAAGCAAGGGUGCCCGUCUUCACUGCUGAAUGCUUUCCAACUCCUGGUCCCACUGCCUGGAAGGGAAUCCUUCCUUUCCUGGGUAGCAUAAGAUCCCCGUGUCCAUUAAUUAA